AUGGUGGGGCUGUCGUACGCGGCCGUGCCGCUCUACCGCCUCUACUGCCAGGCCACGGGGCUCGGCGGGACCGCGGGCACGGAGCGCGACGCGGAGCGGAUCGAGCGCAUGGAGCCCGUCCGGGACCGGCGCAUCAGGGUCACUUUCAACGCCGACACCCACGCCAGCAUCCAGUGGAACUUCAAACCGCAGCAGAGCGAGAUCUACGUGGUACCAGGAGAGACUGCACUGGCAUUUUAUAAAGCAAAAAAUCCUACUGACAAACCAAUAAUUGGGAUCUCCACCUACAACGUCGUCCCCUUUGAAGCAGGACAAUAUUUCAAUAAAAUACAAUGUUUUUGUUUUGAAGAACAGAGGCUAAAUCCUCAGGAGGAAGUGGACAUGCCUGUCUUUUUCUACAUUGACCCAGAGUUUGCAGAGGACCCUAAAAUGGCUAAAGUUGAUUUGAUCACCCUCUCUUACACCUUCUUUGAAGCAAAGGAAGGACAGAAGUUGCCACUUCCUGGGUAUCAGUAACUACAAAAUGUGACUUCUGCUACAUCUGAGUGCCAGUUUUGAUGCCACUUUUCCUUGGAAGAAAAAACUGCAGGAGUACUGUGCAGUAUGAAAUUAUAUUAAACCUCCAUGGGCAUACACUGUUAUGAAAGUAUAUGUAUAUAUAUAUAUAUUUUUUUUGGAAACCAACAUAAUGUAUUCCCUAUUUCUUAGGGAUAGUAUUUCUUCAUCAGAGAGUGGAAGGGAACACACUGUUCCUGAAAUACAGAGGGUUUUCUCAGGCCAUCUUUUUGUAAGAUGUUAUCUGAAUACCAUAAGGCAAAUUUUUAAACUAACAUGUAAAUUAAGGUCUUCAUUUAAAUACAGAAGAAAACAUCUGUUGAUUAAACAUCUAAAAUUCUAUUGCUGGCUCCAGAAAAUAACUUGCACGUUAAGUUACAUUAGGAAAAGGUAAACCCAGGUAAUAAAUUAAGGAAAUCUCAUAACUAAACAAAGUUAGAGUGUUAUUUCUGUGUAACCUUCCCUGGCACAGGAGGAGAUGAUGAUUCAGAAGGUGAUGCACCCUCUCAUGUUAUUACUGAAUCAGUAGUUCAUUUGGUAAGAGCAGACUGCUCUAAAAUUGUUAUCAUGAGAACAGUAAUUUAAGCAUAAGCACAUCAGAUCUGUGGGAUGGUUUCCAUUUGGAAAAGCCAUCUUAUUUCCACGUUGUGUCCCACUCAUUUGAAGUGGCUGUGCUGUUAGUGAGUGCUCUUUGCAGAGGGCUCUACUCUGGGCACCUCCACAGGAGACAAGCUUGGCUGGUGUCCGACAUGCCUUGAGGGGAGGGCAGCAUAUAAACAACUGCUCUGAAUUGCAGCUGAAUGAACAGCUCAGACACUGCCUCAAAAACCAAAAUCAGCCCAUUCAGGGGCUGAGUUGGCCAGAGCCUGCUCAGCAGUGCAGCAGCUCUUCAGGGGGACUCUCUACCAUCAGAACAUGUAAGCCUGUAUUUAUGUAGCUUUUUAUCUGUGGGUUAGGACUAACAACACUUCAUCACUGCCUUGCAAACCAGUAGCAAGUUGCAGAGCAAGUUCAAGUAACCUGCUUAUUUUCAGACAGAAAUUACUAUCAGACAGUAUUUUCUUCUGGGCUGGGUCUUUCUACCCCUUCCAGCAGAGGAGAAUGAACAAAGUAAGGCUCAUGUUGGUUAGCCUGGACUCUGAAAAAGCAAUGGGUACUUAAGAAAUAACUUCCAGUUACUGAAGUCUCAAUUAUAUUUGCAUACAAUAAGUCAAAACCUGCUUUUUUGAAAAUAAAUGGAUGCUACCUUUAAAAUUGUACCAAUUACUUGUGUUGGUUAAACAGAUUCUGGAUGACAUUCAGGUCUUCACUGCAUAUUAAAGACUGAGAACUUUU